GCUGGGUACGUUACGAUGCAGGAUGGUGAGAAGAAUGUCGAGGAACGUGCGGACGCUACCGGCGUUUGUAAGCGAGAUUUCUACAAGUUCGGCGAACACGUUCGGAUGGAGGAAGAUCAUCGCAUUGAAUUCAAGGCACACAAGAACAUCUCCAUCGAAGAGCUGUCGCCAGCUUGCAAGGACCAGCACUCUGGCCAGACGAUCUCAAGAACUAUCUGUGCCUUCUUGAACACUGGGAGAGGUGGGACUAUUUUUCUGGGAAUCCUUGACACUGGUGAAGUCAACGGUCUCCAUCUCACAGAAUACCAAAAAGACCACUUGGCAUUGAGUCUUGAAAACUUGAUGCAGCAGUACAAGCCAGCUGUCCCAAAACACAUGUACGAGCUGCGGUUCGUUCCAGUCAUCUUUGAGGGUGUGCCAUUGCCAACAAACGAAAGACGUGAGAUGAACAGCAAGGAGAGGUUCAGGCCACACAAAUUGCAGUGUUCGAAGCCAUGCUGGUGUGACGAUGAAGCUACUGCUCAGCUGAGUGUUGGCAGAUUGGUGAUGCGGUAUGUUGUGGAGAUUAAGCUAUCUGCAUGGGACAGUUCUGACACGAGAAACAGUGGGUUGAAUAAAAGCAAGAUGGGCAUCCACCCCAUGUUUGAUAACGAUGAGCAUGCAUGA